AUGAGCGUUGAAGUCCCCAGCAGGACGAUGGAGUCAACGAAUGGAGCACUCUCGAGCACCCUGCCCCGCGACUCCAAAAAGGCACAUGAUCUCAGGAUAAUGCUGUUUGGAAAAAGUGAGAACAAAAAAUCAGCACUGGAAAAGCUCAUCAUUGGGAAAAAAGAGUUUAAUGUGUCUAAGGUCCUCACAGGAAAGCAACCCCGCGCUGCCUCUGGAGAGUGGAAUGGGAAACCACUAACAGUAGUAAAAACUCCAGACAUCUUCAACAUGUUUCUAGAAACAUUGUUCAAAGAGAUGAAGAGCUGUGUGGGUCUCUGUCCUCCUGGACCAAACGUCCUGCUGCUGUUAGUGAAACCUUCUGAUUUCACUGAGGAGAACAAAAAAACUCUGAAUUUGGUCCUGAGCUUGUUUGGACAAAAUGCCUUUAAACACUCCAUGGUCAUCAUAACACACAAUGAGAAAGGGAAUAACUCAGUGGGAAAACUCAUCCAAGAAUGCAACCAAAGGGAGUAUUUCAUCAGCUUUGACAAAAAAGAUUCAUCUAAAAAUCACUCAGAGUUGAUGCAAAAAAUGAACAAAAUAGUGAGUGACAACUGGGGAGAAUAUCUAAUGCUAAAAGAAGAAGCUAAACCCUUGAAUCUGAAAUCCAGUGUGAACCUGGUUCUGUGUGGGAGGAGAGGAGCAGGGAAGACUUCAGCAGUCAAGGCCAUUUUAGGUCAGACUGAGCUUCAUUCAGUCUCCAACUCAGAGUGUGUUAAACAUCAGGGAGAGGUGUGUGGACGCUGGGUUUCCCUGGUGGAGCUGCCUGCCUUGUAUGGAAAACCUGAGGAGGCAGUUUUGGAGGAGUCAUUCAAGUGUAUCUCUCUCUGUGAUCCUGAGGGUGUCCAUGCCUUCAUCGUGGUACUACCUGUGGCUCCCCUCACUGAUGAAGACAAGGAAGAGUUAGAGACCAUCCAGGACACGUUCAGCUCUCGAAUCAAUGACUUCACCAUGAUUCUGUUCACUGUGGAGUCAGAUCCUACAGAUCCAGCUGUUGAAAAUCUUGUAAGGAAAGACAAAGAGAUACAGCAGCUCUGUCAGACCUUCGGACAAAGACGUGUGGUUCUCAACAUCAAAGACAAGCAGCAGAUUCCAGAGAUAUUUGAAGCUGUAGAAAAAAUUACCCAGCCCAUGGGCAAACCAAGCUCUUAUACAACUACAAUGUCUUUGCAUGCACAAAUGGAAAAAGUAUUACAGCUGAAGAUGAAUAUCAUCACUGGUAAUCAAGAUGGAAACCAGGGCUCAGGCUGUCUCAGGAUUGUGCUCAUUGGGAAGACUGGCUGUGGAAAGAGCUCUACAGGAAACACCAUUUUAGGGGAAGAUGAGUUUAAUGCAGAGUCGAGUCAAAUAUCAGUCACCCAAUGUUGUCAGAAAGCACGCAGUGAGGUGGACGGUCGUCGUGUUGUUGUGGUCGACACUCCUGGUCUGUUUGAUACAACUUUGUCCAAUGAAGAGGUUCAUGAGGAGAUGGUGAAAUGCAUCAGUCUUCUGGCUCCAGGACCACAUGUCUUCCUGUUGGUUUUACAGAUUGGUAGAUUCACAGCAGAGGAGAAAGAAACACUGAAACUCAUCAAAAAAGCAUUCGGGAAGAAUUCUGAAAAGUUCACCAUUAUUCUUUUAACGAGAGGAGAUGAUCUCGAGCGUAAGGGAGAGUCUAUUGAUGACUACAUCAAGAAUAAAUGUCAUAGUUCCUUCAAGAAACUGAUUUCAGACUGUGGAGGAAGAUACCAUGUUUUCAAUAACUCUGACAAGCAAAACCGCACACAAGUCAGUGAGCUGAUAACAAAGAUCGACACCAUGGUGAAGGAAAAUGGAGGACGCUUCUACACCAAUGAGAUGCUGCAAGAGGCUGAAACAGCGAUAAAGAAGGAAAUGCUGAGGAUUCUGAAGGAGAAGGAAGAUGAGAUUCAGAGAGAAAAGGAAGAGAUUGAAAGAAAACAUAAGGAAGAAAUGAAAGCCAUGAAGAAAAGAAUGAAUGAAGAUAAAGAAAAAAUGGACCACGAUAGAAAACAGAAAGCCAAAAAACUCAAGGAAAUGGAAGAAGAAAUUCAACUGGAUCGAGAGAAGAGAAGGAAUGAGCAGGAAAUCAGAGAAAAAGAGAGAAAGGAAAAGGAAGCUGAAGAAGAAAUACGUCGAGAGGAAUUCAUAAAACAGCUUGAACAUUUGAACAGACUAAUUCAGGAAGCAAAAGAGGAAAAUAAAAGUGUUGGCAGAGAGCUGGAGGAGACUAGAGAAGAGAUGAGAAGAAAACAAGAGGCCUGGGAGAAGACGCUAACAGAAGAGCGGGAAAAACAAAGGCAAGAAGAUGAAAAGAGAUUGCAGGAGGAGAAACAAGAAAUUGAAAAACUGCAGGAAAAUUACAAUCAAGAAAAACUACGACAUGAAAAAAACCAGCAAAAAGAGGAUCAACAAAAAAGAGAACAGGAGGAACAAAAGAUAAAAGAACUAGAGGAAAAGCAUGAGAAAUCCCUGGAAGAUCUAAAGAAGAAUUAUGAAGAGGAAGCCAGAAAGAAAGCUGAAGAGUUCAAUGAAUCCCAGAAGAAACACAAGGAGGAAAUAGAAGCUCAGAAGGAAGAGCAUGAGAAGGAAAUGAAUGACUUAGUGAAACGUGUGACCAAAAAGAGUGAAAACCUGAAAAAGAUCAAGAAUUUAGUAGAAAAACAUGAAAAACAAAUGAGGAAUGUGAAAAAUGAGGAGGAAAAAGAAGCUCUACAGGAAACACAUGAAAAACAACUGAGUGAGUUGAUGCAAGAAAUCUUGAAGCAAGGAGCCGAUGACACAUCAGCCUGCAGCAUUUUAUGAAGAGAAGUGAACUUUUUCACGUUUGCGUCUUUUUCUGUCAUUUAGAUAACAAAAGAAGCACAGAUUUGUUGUUCUGCAUGUUUACAUCUCCGGCAUAUCCUGGCCACA